ACUCGUCCCACUGCAAAGUUAAUACUGGACGAUGGUGCGCUUCGAGAAUAUGAACAUCCAGUGAAGGUAGCUCAAGUUUUAAACGAAAAGGGAAGGGAAGCCUUCUUCAUCUGCCUCUCUGACUCCAUCAAUUUUAACGACUGUUUAGCCCCUCUUCCUGCAUACCACGAAUUGCAGCUGGAUCGCCUCUAUUUUCUCCUUCCACUCACAAAAUUGAAAUACCCUUUACUGCCUUCUGAGAUGGCUGCCAUGGUCGUAAAAGCAGCUGCGGCCUUGCAAUCAAAACAGAACAAGCACAGAAAUAGCAGAAAACGGCGAGGUGCUAAAGUGAUGCCUGAAAUGGAUGGACGCCAAAUUCAGAAAUCAGUUUCAUAUCAAUUUAAUCAAUUUGCAAUUUUGGCAGUGGAGUCGAAGCGCACAACAUCGACAGGGAUGAAGUUCGACCGCAAGAAGCAUAAGCAGUCAUGGAGAACCAAACUUGCCCCAAUACCCGAGGCCUUCGCUUAUUGAAUCAUUAUCUGCAUUCCACAACUUCUCGGGAAUUUCCUCGAAUAUACAGCAAAAAUGGAUGCUGGUGUCCUCUGAGUUUCGGCCAUGGCAAAUAUGUGAAAAGCUUUGGAUCAGGAGACAGAGAUGAACAGAGUACCUUCCAAGCAGAGAAUGAUAGAAUAGAGGACAAUAGUUUCAGGCUAAUUAAGGCAUAAUGGCAUCCUGCAAUUCUCUGCAGAUAUUUCCUAUCCUGAGUGCAUUAGGCUACAAUUCAAUAUGUUUUCGCUGAUAUAUAAAAAAUGUAUUCUUGGUAGGAUGUUGGAUGUCUUGGAGUCAAUCUUCAUGUGACAUUGAUGAAGUAGUGAAAUUUGUUUAUCAUCAAAAUUCAACCACAGUGCUUCAGAUAGAGAAUGAAAUUCUAUGUACAAAUGCCAAGGAAAUGAAAUGGCAUGAAAAAUUAUAGAAAAUUCGCAUUUCAGUUUUGUUGGCAAAUGAAUCGUUAAAUUUCAUAUAAUUUUAAAAUAAGGUGUUUGGCAA